AUGGGAGACAAUAGUAUGGGUAGCAGCAGUUCUCCAUCUGAUACUGAUCUCAACAAGUACAAUGCAAGUGGAAAGCAAAGAGAGAUAAGGGGACAAGACGUGCUGCUGCCCAUAGCCAAUGUGGGUAACAUCAUGCGCAAGAUCCUCCCGCUCAACGCCAGGAUUUCAAAAGAGGCCAAGGAAACCAUGCAAGAAUGUGCUUCAGAGUUCAUCAGGUUCGUCACUUCAGAGGCUUCUCACCAGUGUCGAGAGGACAAUAGGAAGAUUAUCACUGGUGAAGAUCUGAUAUUGGCAAUGUCUUCUCUUGGCUUGGAAGACUAUGCAGAGGCUCUCAAAAAUUAUCUCCAUGAGUACAAGGGAGCUGAUGCUGAUAUACUUUAUGUCAGAAAACAUGGAUUCUCGAAUGAUUCCUCUGAAAAGAAACACACCAGCGUGGUCUCUGCAAGAGAAGACCCACAUCAGUACCAUUUUCAUAUUGGUGGGGAGGCAGUGGAAGGAUCAACUAGCCACAACCAGCGGCAGCCCACUCUCCAAGAGGAGGAAGCUCAGGCGGUUUUGGCCAAGGACAAGCAUGAGAUAUCAUUUUUUUAA